AUGGGGCCCGGGAGCCACCGCCUCAGCCUCAGCUUCUCUGUCUCCAGUCUGGGCCUCCUGCUCCUGCUCCCACUCCUGCCAGAGUGCUUCGGAGCCGAGGGCAGGCUGGCACACAAGCUGUUCCGAGACCUCUUUGCCAACUACACAAGUGCCCUGAGACCUGUGGCAGACACAGACCAGGCUCUGAACGUGACCCUGGAAGUGACGUUGUCCCAGAUCAUCGACAUGGAUGAGCGGAACCAGGUGCUGACCCUGUACCUGUGGAUCCGACAGGAGUGGACAGAUGCCUACCUACGAUGGGACCCUGACGCCUAUGGUGGCCUGGAUGCCAUCCGCAUCCCCAGCAGUCUCGUGUGGCGGCCGGACAUCAUACUCUAUAACAAGGCGGACGCGCAGGCGCCAGCCUCAGCCAGCACCAACGUGGUCCUGCGGCACGACGGCGCCGUGCGUUGGGACGCGCCGGCCAUCACGCGCAGCUCGUGCCGCGUGGAUGUGUCGGCCUUCCCAUUCGACGCGCAGCGCUGCGGCCUGACGUUCGGCUCGUGGACGCACAGCGGGCACCAGCUGGACGUACAGCCGCGCGGCGCCGCUGCCAGCCUGGCCGACUUUGUGGAGAACGUGGAGUGGCGCGUGCUGGGCAUGCCGGCCCGGCGGCGCGUGCUCACCUACGGCUGCUGCUCCGAGCCCUACCCGGACGUGACCUUCACGCUGCUGCUGCGCCGCCGCGCCGCCGCCUACGUGUGCAACCUGCUGCUGCCCUGCGUGCUCAUUUCGCUGCUGGCGCCUCUGGCCUUCCACCUGCCCGCCGACUCGGGCGAGAAGGUGUCGCUCGGCGUCACCGUGCUGCUGGCGCUCACCGUCUUCCAGCUGCUCCUGGCCGAGAGCAUGCCGCCGGCCGAGAGCGUGCCGCUCAUCGGAAAGUACUACAUGGCCACCAUGACCAUGGUCACCUUCUCCACAGCGCUCACCAUCCUUAUCAUGAACCUGCAUUACUGUGGUCCCAGUGCCCGCCCAGUGCCAGCCUGGGCUCGGGCCCUCCUGCUGGGACGCCUGGCGCGGGGCCUGUGUGUGCGGGAACGAGGGGAGUCCUGUGGGCAGUCUAGACCUCCUGAGUCAGCCCCCAGCCCCCAGCCUCCUGACAGAGAAGCUGGCCCACCAGCAGGCCCUUGCCGUGAGCCUCGGUGUCUGUGCCACCAGGAAGCCCUGCUGCGCCAUGUAGCCACCAUCACCAACACCUUCCACAGACACAGGGCUGCCCAGCGCUGCCAUGAGGACUGGAAGCGCCUGGCCCGUGUCAUGGACCGUUUCUUCCUGGGCAUCUUCUUCUCCAUGGCCCUGGUGAUGAGCCUUCUCGUGCUGGUGCAGGCCCUGUGAGUCCCAGGGGUCUGCUGCAGCCGCAGCACCUCCAGACGGGGAUGGAAUGGCCAGGCCAGGUGGUGGUUGGCCCUCAGGCCACUCAGUCUCUCUCCACUGGGCCUCAGAGCCUGGGACAUCCUCUCUUCAGCGCUGCUGACUUCACACACCAGAGGG